CACCCCACUGUAUAAAUGACGGAGUCCAGAACCGAUGAUGUGCAGUUUGCUCUCGCUCUGACCAGCACUAAAAUGGAAUACAGAAGUGAUCAAGUGGCGAUGAAUCCCUGCCCUUACCCAUACCAGGGGCAAAAGCAGUUCGGCCAGACGGUGACCAGCACCGUCGUGAACGUCGGCCCAAAUGUGACCUCGGUCCGAGAUCAUUUCCUCUGGUCUAUGUUCAACUCCUUCUACCUGAAUUUCUGCUGCCUCGGCUUCGUGGCGCUGGUCUUCUCGGUUAAAAGCCGAGAUCGCAAAGUCGUGGGAGAUGUAGAAGGAGCUAAGAAUUAUGCAUCAACAUCACGAGGUCUCAACAUUGCAGCCACAGUUCUGAGCAUCUUGAUUUUCAUAAUCAUCAUUGCUUUGCUCUUUGCUGGCAUAUUAAGUCUUCCGUCACGCUAUCAACAUAAUAUGGGUUAAAUCGCCUAAAUCGAAUGCCUCAUUGCUUUAUUCUCCAUGAUUUGAAUUGUUUUGCUAACAGUCUUUUCACCCAUUCUAUUGCUCAUUUCUGUCAAUGAUGUUUCUGUAGCUGAUAUGUUUAAAGUUAUGGCAUCUCAAUAAUACAGAUUUAUUUCUUUACGCUUUAACUGUUAAUAAAACAAUUGAUGGCAGACUUA